GGGUAACAGCGUAAUAUAGAAAACCUAAAACUGUGGCCUGUGGGGGUAAAGUACGGUCCGUGCGAGACGAGAACCAAAAAUAUUAGCAUUUGUCUAAAAUCAACCAACAAAGCAGAGCAACGAAAGAGAAAGGAAAAAAAACUCAAAGAGGCGUACGAGAAACGGUGCAAAAGUCCCAAACCAGACUGCCAUUUUUACUCUCCGGCUGAAAAGUCCCAAACCAGUUUGCUCCUCCGUGCUCUGCUUCAGUUUUCAAUUGGUUCUGUAAGAUUCCGAAGAAUCAGGUGCAAUUCUGUCUGUUGGAGCAUUGAAUUUUAGGGGUUUUGUGGAUUCGGAGUGAUGAGUGGUGUUCCCAAGAGAUCUCACGAAGAGGGUUUUGCUCAUCCAUCCUCUUCAUCAGCAAAAUCCCCUCACGACGAUUCAGGAUCUUACCCUAAAUCCACGCAUCCGCCUGUAACUCCACCACCGCCUCAGGUUCAUCACCACCAUCAGCAUCUCCAAUCUCAAUCUCAGUCUCACCUUCCUCAUCUCCAUUCUCAUCCCCCACUUGCUGCUGCUUCUGCUUCUGCUUCUGCUUAUGAGGUCGAAUCACGAACGGUUAAGGCUCCCAGAAGCGAGCCUAGAGAUGGAGAGAGACGCUCUCCUCUGCAAGUCGUGUAUCGAUCUCCGUCGCUGCCAGCGACGGUUUCUCCAAGUGAUCCCCAUUUGAGCCACACCCCUGUGCUGUUGGAGUCGAGAGAUGGUACUAAGGAUGUCAGGGAAGCUAGGAAUGAUGGGAGAGAGACAUAUGGUGAGACGAAGAGGGAGAUUCAGGGUCCUAAGGGUGACAAGGAUGCCAAGUUCGAGAGAUCUGCAGAUGACUUUACCGGGAAAACUAAUACUGGAAGCUACACUAGGAGUGAUGGUAUAGUGGUAUAUAGUGAGGCGAAGAGGGAGAUUCAAGGUCCUAAGGGUGACAGGGAUGCCAAGUUUGAUCGUGUAGCCGAUGAUUUCGGAAAAGGCAACAGCGGAAGCUAUACUAGGGAUACAAAGUUUGAUAGGGAUACUCAGAAUUUCAAUGAACAAAAGACUGAGAAUAAGAUGGAAAAGGAUCACUUGGCGUGGAAAGAGCAGAAGGAUUACCAUAGAGGGAAGAGAGCUGAAGGUUCAAGCGCAAAUGUGGAUCCGUGGGCUGCAUCACGUGGUAAUCCUCAAGGCCCAUCUGAGGUCGGGGUGAAAGAUUUCUCGCCUCCUGUGGAGGGAGCACAUUUAGAUGGGCGUGAGACAGUUGGAGAAAACAAGGUUGAUGCAAAAAGCGAAGAUAGGUUUAAGGACAAAGAUAAGAAAAGAAAAGAGUUGAAGCAUCGCGAGUGGGGGGACCGAGACAAGGAUAGAACCGACCGCAGAGGAUCUGUGCUUGUUGGUAGUGCCAUGAGCGAACCCAAAGAGAUUGGAAGAGAAGAACGAGAAACCGAUAGGUGGGAACGAGAGAGGAUGGAGCAGAAAGAUCGGGAGAGGAAUAAGGAGAAAGAGAAAGAUCAUAUCAAAAGAGAGCCUCGGACUGUUGCUGAGAAAGAGGUCUCCCAGAACGAGAAAGAGCUGGGAGAAGCAUCUGUUAAACCUGCAGAACAGGAAUAUGUGGCACCAGAGCAGAAGAAGCAGAGUGAACCGGAGGGCUGGGAAAAAGAUGACAGAGAAUCAAAGGACAAAAGGAGAGAGAGGGAUGGGGAUUCCGAAGCAGAAAGAGCUGAAAAGCGCAGCAGAAUCAGUGAAAAAGAACCUGAAGAUGGGUGUUUGGAGGGUGAAGGAGCUGCAGAGAGGGAGAAGGAUGCCUUCAAUUAUGGAGUUCAGCAACGGAAGAGAAUGCUGAGACCAAGAGGCAGCCCACAAACCACGAACCGCGACCUUGUCCGUUCACGGAGCCAGGACAACGAAGGGGUACAAGGUAAUCAUUCGUUUCAAUAUCCUCGAGAAAGGAUCGAGUUGCACUGCUUGGAGAACAAUAGUAAAAAAGAAUCAGUUAUAUUGGCAUUCGUUUAUACAUGUGCAUUUGAUAAUGGUCAUCUACGACACAGAUGAAAAUCAGAGGUGUCGGUUGUUGUUUACAAAGUUGGGGAAUGUAUGCAAGAACUGAUUAAGUUGUGGAAGGAAUAUGAAACUUCUCAGCCUGACAAAAGUGGUGACUUCGCAAGUAAUGGCCCCACUCUUGAAGUUCGAAUUCCAGCUGAGCAUGUAACUGCUACUAAUCGCCAAGUAAGAGGUGGGCAGCUAUGGGGAACAGAUAUAUACACAGAUGAUUCCGAUCUUGUUGCUGUUCUCAUGCAUACAGGUUACUGUCGUCCCACGGCUUCCCCUCCUCCACCGACAAUGCAAGAGUUGCGCGCAACUAUCAGAGUCAUGCCGUCACAAGAUUACUAUACCUCCAAGCUAAGGAACAAUGUCCGCUCUCGUGCAUGGGGAGCUGGAAUCGGAUGCAGUUACAGAGUUGAGCGGUGCUAUAUAGUGAAGAAAGGAGGUGGUACUAUUGAACUCGAAGCCUCUCUUACACACUCCUCAACUGUUGAGCCAACACUUGCACCAAUGGCUGUUGAGAGAUCUAUGACCACCAGAGCUGCAGCUUCGAAUGCUCUGCGGCAACAAAGGUUUGUUCGAGAAGUAACAAUACAAUACAACCUCUGCAAUGAGCCUUGGAUCAAAUAUAGCAUAAGCAUUGUCGCAGAUAAGGGUCUGAAGAAGCCUCUUUUCACCUCUGCCCGCUUGAAGAAGGGAGAAGUUUUGUACCUAGAAACACAUUCAUGCAGGUAUGAGCUCUGUUUUUCUGGAGAGAAGACCAUCAAAGCAAUCCAAGCCUCACAACAGCACUCAUCCCAAGAUGCUAUGGAGAUCGAUAACAAUAGCAAGUUACAAAACCAUCCUCCCCAUGUGACAAACGGUGACAAAACAGAUUCAGACAACAGUUUAAUCGAUGUUUUCCGUUGGUCACGAUGCAAGAAGCCUCUCCCGCAGAAGCUUAUGCGGUCUAUCGGGUUUCCACUCCCACCGGACCAUAUCGAGGUGUUGGAGGAGAAUCUUGAUUGGGAAGAUGUACAGUGGUCACAAACUGGUGUGUGGAUUGCUGGAAAGGAGUACACACUUGCUCGUGUUCAUUUCUUAUCUCCCAACUAAGAAAGAAGAAAGAGCAAUAGCUCUCAUGCUUUCCUUUCUUCUUCUUACAAAACAUCAAAUUUGUCUGUCUUUGCUUUAUUUAUCGCCGGAGAUAAUAGUUUCUUCUUGUAUUCUUCUUCCUGUUUUUUCUUUCUGUAAAAUCUUUCUUUAAGUUAAAAUGGUUUGAUUGUUAAUUUAGUAAAGAGUAUAGAUAAUCUCCCCUUAAGAUUUUUUUCUUCCUGCUUCCCAAUAUUAUUUAUUAUUGUUGAUUCA